ACGCCACCCGUGGGCCGGUCUUCAAGGGCGGACACGCGCACGGAAAGCUGCAUAUCCGUGAGCGCGCACGCGUGGCGGUGAUUUGAUGGAGCAGGAGACGCGGACGCGGAUGGAAGGUUUGUGUCCUCACAGAUAAACCGGACCUCCAGCCUGAAGACCAGACCAGACCAGUGUCCUGGUUCUGACCUGCUUCGUUCUCUAACACCCACUUCUACAGCUCAGAUCGCAGCCUUGAAGUCCACUCCGACAGUUUGAUCUCCAGUUGUGUGUCUUGGUUCUUCCUCCAGCCAUGGGGUCCACAGGCUACAGUUACUACCGCAUGGUCAUCUUCGUCUGCAUGUUCACCGGCUACUCGCUCUACUACUUCAACAGGAAGACCUUCUCCUUCGUCAUGCCGUCUGUGAUGGAGGAGAUCCGCCUGGACAAAGAUGACCUAGGUAUGAUAACCAGCAGCCAAACCAUGGCCUACGCCAUCAGUAAGUUCAUCAGCGGCGUCCUGUCGGAUCGGAUCAGCGCCCGCUGGCUGUUCUCCAUCGGCCUGCUCCUGGUCGGAGGCAUCAACAUCGUGUUCUCCUGGUCGUCCACGGUGUCCAUGUUCUCUCUGCUCUGGUUCGUCAACGGACUGGGACAAGGCUGUGGGUGGCCGCCGUGUGGGAAGAUCCUACGGAAGUGGUAUGAACCGUCCCAGUUCGGAACCUUGUGGUCCGUCCUGUCCUGCAGUAUGAACCUGUCUGGGAGUCUGGGUCCCAUCCUGGUCACGGUUCUGCUGCAGUUCUACGACUGGAGGUCCAUCCUGUCCAUGUCCGGCGUCGUCUGCGCUGCGCUGUCUCUGUUUUGUGUGGCGUUUGUGAAGAACGAACCCAAGGACGUGGGUCUGCCCAGCGUUGAAGCAGCCGCCAAGAAGGGCGCCAAAGGAGGGAACAGUGAAAGCACCCUGACGGAGUUCCUGCUGUCCCCGUUCCUGUGGGUGCUGUCGCUUGGAUACCUGGUGGUGUUCGGGGUGAAGACGGCCGCCACCGACUGGGGUCAGCUGUUCCUGAUGCAGGAGAAAGGCCAGACCGCGCUCAUGGGCAGUACGUACAUGAGCGCCCUGGAGGUGGGGGGCUUCGUGGGCAGCCUGGCCUCGGGUUUCUUCUCCGACAGGGCCGUCGCUCGGCACGGCCUGGGAACCCACGGCAACCCCCGCCACGGCCUGCUCCUCCUGAUGAUGACGGGGAUGUGCGUGUCCAUGUACCUGUUCAGAGUCACCAUCACACCUGACAUCCCACAGGACGCGCUCUGGGUCCAAGCCCUCCACCCUGUCUCCGCCCUCAUCGGUGUGUCGGAAAAAGAGCUCUGGAUCCUGUUUCUCGGUGCGGUCUUCGGAUUCUCUACUUACGGACCAAUCGCUUUGUUCGGGGUGAUCGCCAGUGAAAGCGCUCCGUCAAACUUCUGUGGAAUGUCUCACGCCGUCGUGGCUCUGAUGGCGAACGUGGGGGCGUUCAUGGCGGGGCUUCCCUUCAGCACCAUCGCCAAAAAACACAGCUGGGAGACGGCAUUCUGGGUAGCCGAGGUGAUCAUGACCGCCACCACCGUUGGGUUCUUCCUGGUUCGAAACAUGCGAACCAAAAUGGGACGGAUCGCAGAGAAAACGGACUAAAGUAUCGUGGUACAAAUAAAUACAAUAUGUGGACAAAAGUAUGUGGACACGUUGAAUUCAGGUGUUUCUUUUCUAACAAAACAAUAAUAAUAAAUGUCAUAAUA